AGAAUGGUAUAUUUCGAGAUGCGCCCCGCGAUACGAUCCGGCGGCGCGUUCGUCCAGUGUUGGCAGUACUGCAGGAGGUCCUGCUUUACUAUCCCGCUCGCGCGACACCGUUAAAAAGGGGGAGGACGGUGGCGCAGUACUAUGGUAGACGGUAGUAUCAACCGCAGCAGCAGCAGCAGCAGCAGCAGCAGCAGUAGUAGUAGUAGUAAUAGUAGUAGUAGUAGUAGUAACAGCAGCACCGGCAGAAGUAGUAGUGGUGCGUGCACGCGCGCCGUUUCGUCGCAAACAUAGUGUCGUUGUGCUGAUAUUUGUAACAAUAGGUAUAGGUAUAUUAUUAUCCAUAAUAAUUAUUGUUGUCGUGUGCGACCGUGCGUAUCCGCUGUGGUGUUUUGUGGUGCGCGACCGCCGUGGACGGGGUCAUUGUUGAGCGGCGGGCCAUGGUGAUAUCUGUCGACCGAACAAAGUAGCCCUCAGGAUGCUGAAGCUGUUGGGCGGCCUCAAGGAGUUCGUCAAGAGACAAGAGGUGACCACCGAGGGCACCGUGUUCCGGGUGCAUGUCACCUUCACCACGGUGGUGCUGCUGGCGUGCUCGCUGAUGGUGACCGCCACGCAGUACGUGGGCAACCCCAUGCAGUGCAUCGUCGAGGGGUUGCCCACCAGGCCGGUGAACACGUACUGCUGGAUAAUGUCCACGUUCACGAUGCCCGACGCGUUCCGCCGGCAACAGGGCGUAGGGGCGGCCCAUCCCGGCGUGGGCCCCGAGGGCGGCGACGAGCCCGCCAAGUACUACACGUACUACCAGUGGGUGUGCUUCGCGUUGUUCUUCCAGGCCAUGAUGUGCUAUUUCCCCAAAUGGGUGUGGGACAUGCAAGAGGGCGGACUCAUGUCCACGCUGGUCAUGGGCCUCCACUACGGGCUGGGCCAGGAGAAGGAAAAGGAGAAGCAGAAGACCAUACUCGUCAAUUACCUGCUCACUCACAUCAAGAAACACAACUGGUACGCCGCCAAGUAUUGGAUGUGCGAGUUCAUGUGUUUCGCCAACAUAGUCCUUCAGAUCUACUGGAUGAACAAGUUCUUCGGCGGCGAGUUCCUCACCUACGGGCUAAGGGUGCUCGGCCUGUCCGAACAACACCAGGACGACCGGAUCGACCCGAUGGUGUUCAUCUUUCCCCGGGUGACCAAGUGCACGUUCCACAAGUUCGGCCCGUCCGGCACCGUGCAGAAGCACGACUCGCUGUGCAUACUGCCGCUGAACAUACUCAACGAGAAGACCUACAUAUUCAUAUGGUUCUGGUUUAUGCUCCUGUUGGCCGCGCUGGUCUUGCUCGUCGGUCACAGGAUUUUGAUAUUGUACAGCAAGAACUUGAGGAAGAACGCGCUGCGGUACCGUCACUACAGGCUGAUAACCGACGACGUGGCCAGAGCGGUGACCGACAAAGUGUCAAUAGGCGAUUGGUGGGUACUGUACGUGCUCGGCAAAAAUCUGGAUCCGCUCAUUUACAGGGAAGUGGUUCGUGAGAUAGCCAAGAAAGCAGACCUCUAGAAGACUAGGUCGUGCAUCGCAUCGACUGAAACACUGGCUCUGGACAUUGGAAAAUAAAUAUUUAUUUGAAACUCCUAUUUUUGUAUAAAUCACAUUAUUAUUAUUAUUAUUAUUAUUACAAAACAACAAAAUAAUUUUGUUGUACACCUUUUGUGGCGUGAACAAAUGUUUCAUGUUUCCUACAAUGUAGUCUGUAGAUUUUUUUUUAAAACUAAAUUUUAUAAUGUUAAAUUUUAUUAUUAUUUUAUUGGUUUUUUAAACAUAUGUGUAUAUUUGAUACUUUUUGUACGUAUAAAAAUAUGUCACGAUUUCAAA